UCCCGUUCCGCGGCACCGGGCGCUGUGGUUUCCCGGCUCCCGGGGGGGCGCUCGGCACGCCGCGAUGCCGGAGCGGGGCGGCGGCGGCUCCGAACGCGCCGCGCUGGCCCUGGCCCGGCUCUCCGAGUGGGCGGACGCGCACCUGGGGCUGCUGCGGGGCCUGAUCGCCGGCGCGGCCGUGGCCGGGGUGCUGCUGCUGGCCCGGAGCUUCCGCGUGACAACAAAGUUCACAAGUCCUUUGGAAAUACCUGUGGAGUUUGUGGAAAAGAAUGUGAAAUUGAGAGGGAAAUUACAUCACAUCACAGAGAAGGGCCUGGAAGUUGAGCACAUUCCCAUCAGCAUUCCUUUCAUCUCAGCCAUCCAGAGAAAAUGGCAGCCAGAGGGGCUCCUGCUGAUCCGCCUGGCCGGGGUGGAGCUGGCUGCAGGUGGCACGGCCUGGCUGCAGCGGGAGCUGCUCCCCAAACAGCCCCUGUGGUUCCAGCUCCUGGGCAGGGACAGCUCGGCCCUGGAGUGCCUCGUCCUAGUCCAUAAGGGUGGGUUUUUCAGCAUGUGCUUGAACGAAGAGCUCUUGAGCCAAGGGCUGGCCAGAGCAGCCCGGAUUGAGGGGCUGCCUCACCACUCCCGCCUCUACUGGAAACUGCACAAAAGGCUCCUCCGGGCCGAGUUAAAGGCUGUGAAGAAAAAUAAAGGCAUUUGGAAAGAGCAGAGCUACUCUGAAAGAGUCCAGGAGCGCAUCAGCAGCAAUAAAUUCCUGCAGAGGCUGAAACGGUUUGUGAGCUGGGUGAGAAGCUCUACUGAGAGGUGAAAAGGUGGGGAAUGCAGCUCCCCAAGUUGUGGGGAAUGUGUGUGUUUGUGACCACAAACAGUGCUGUGUUGUUGAGGGUCCCUGUCUCAAACACAAACCCCACAGUUCAUGGUUACACAGAAUAUAACCCCCCAGUUCAUGGUUACACAGAAUACAUCCCAAAUCACAUCCCACGCGGGAUUGAACUUUAGUAGCAGUGUGCAGGCCACCAGUGAAAAUGUUCUGAUGCCAGACUUCUCCACAGUGAUGUCCUGAAUCAGUUGUCCCGUUUCCCACCUGCUGAGCUCCUCCAGGCUGUGCUGCCCCGUGCAGGUUUGAGGGGCAGGGUCCCUUCACACCUCUGUAAUGUGCCACUGCUGCCGAGCCCACGCUGGACACAAACCCCAUGGCAGGCCUUUACAAAGCUCGUGGGAUGGGUUUAAACACAACCCUUUUGUUUGAAUUCUGUCCUUAUGCUACUUUUUGGUGUAAUUUGUGGUUUAAAACUCAUUCAUCUUGAAUGAUGGGUUGCAUUGUUAGUGAUAUAAAAGGUGAUUUGUUAUGGUUGAUCUUAAAAAGCUGAUAAGGUUGUAAUAACUAAAGUUCCUCAGGGGAAAAACAUCACUUGGUGUAUCAAAGAAUAUAUUGUCAGGAAUCCAAAUAUUUCCUAGACAGCUUUCAUUUGAAGAGGAGAAACCUGUGUUGUUGUUUUUUUUUCUUUUUUUCUGAUGGUUCUGUAUCUAAAAUUAGAUGAAUAUAAAAACUUUAAUGUGAAAUUACACAAGGAGGAUCAGACUGUGCUAAGAACUUGAAUUCUUGCUUUAUUUUUGAUACACAUGUGAAGUACUUGAGCGUAUUACUGUUUGUGUUGUAAAUAUUCUCAGAAUAAAGAUUGAAUUUCUCAA